GGCUCUGUUUUUUAACCGGUUUGAUUUUGUUCUUUCCUAUCGACCAGGAUCCAAGAAUUCUAAACCAGAUGCACUUUCGAGACAAUUUGACCUGCCAGAGGAGGAGUCCAAGCCAGAGUCCAUCUUACCCACCACCAGAAUAGUAGCAGCUAUCCAGUGGGGCAUGGAGGCAGCCAUUAAGAAAGCCCAAAACCAGCAGCCAGAUCCAGGUAAUGGUCCACCAGGACGCCUCUUUGUACCUAAUCAACUACGUUCUGAUGUGUUGCAGUGGGCACAUGCUUCCCCCCCUUCUGGCCAUCCUGGGGCUACUAGAACAUGCAAACUUAUCCGAAGGAGGUUUUGGUGGCCAAAGCUGCAGGAGGAUGUCAAGACUUUUGUUGCUGCAUGUACUGUGUGUGCCCAGAAUAAGGAUCCCAGAACCCACCCUCAGGGACUACUGCAUCCCCUCCCUAUCCCUAAACAUCCAUGGUCACACAUAUCUCUGGACUUUGUCACAGGUCUACCUAAAUCUCAAGGAGCCUGAAGUAUGUGUUCCAGCUGCUGCUCAAAUGGUUCGACGUUGUCGACAGACCUGGCAGAAGGCACGGGCAGCUCUACUGAAAGCUUCUCAACAACAGCGGAGACAAUCAAACCGGAGGCGGAGGCUGGGACCAAUGCUUCGUCAAGGUCAAAGGGUGUGGCUGUCCACCAGAGACCUUCCGCUGCGAGUGGAAUCUCGCAAACUGGCUCCACGUUAUAUUGGCCUUUUAAGAUCCUCAGGAAGAUAUGUAAUACAAUUACAAUUCCUAGUUAAUAUAUUCACUCUCCAGCAAUCCAGGAUGUGA